AUGGCCAAUUACGAAUGGGUCACCCAGCGGCUCCAGGGAUUCCUUCGACCUCCUCGAGGACAGGUCAGGGAUUAUCGAGCGAAGAUGCGAAUGAGCCCUCCGCCUUUGCAGGUGGUGGUGGUGAUGGGAUCCGCCUCGGACCAGCCCGCGGGGGAGGAGAUCCGCCGGGAGUGCGAAUGCCUCGGGAUCCCCUGCAGGCUGAGGGUCGCCUCCGCGCACAAGGCGACGCUGGAGGCUCUCCGCAUCGCCGCCGAGUGCGAGGGCGAGAAGGUGGUGCUGGUGGCGGUGGCAGGUGGCAGCAACGGCCUGGGACCCGUCCUCUCCGGGAACACCGCCCUCCCCGUCAUCAACUGCCCGCCGCUGUCUCCCUCGUGGGGAGACAAGGACGUCUGGUCCUCCCUCCGGCUGCCCUCCGGUGAGUCCCGCGUCGCGGCGUCCAUCCGGCACGCACGGCGUCCAUCCGGCACGCACGGCGUCCAUCCGGCACGCACGGCGUCCAUCCGGCACGCACGGCGUCCAUCCGGCGUGCGGCCUUCGAUCUGGGUGGAGGAGUUCGGUGCGUCGUGGGAGAAGGGAUUUGUGGGUCUGAAGGCCACUGAGGGAGAACUCGGGUUCGAGUGGCGACGAAGAAUGGACGUUGAGGAAAAUGGGUUGUCGUGUGCGACGGUGAUGCGCGGCGAGGCGGCCGCCCUCCACGCGGCGACGAUCCUGGCCCCCGGGGAGCCUCUCCUCUGGGCCCGGCUGCAGGCGCGGCUCCUCCGGACGCAGGUGGCUCUGCGCCGAGCGGAUGCGGAGCUUGGAUCGUCCUGA